AUGGGAAUUUCUACGGCGCCGGACGAAUAUCAAGCGUGCAUGGAAAAGACAUUUGGUGACCUGGAUUUUGUCGUCGUUUAUCUGGACGAUAUUCUCGUUUAUUCUAGUAGCGAGAAGACUCACCUCAAGCACCUGGGUAUCGUGUUUAAGCGUCUGAAGAAGUAUGAUGUUACGCUUAACGGCAAGAAGUGCCACAUUUUACGCGAGUCUGUUGACUAUCUUGGCUUUACUCUUACAUCCGAGGGGAUUCAGCCCCAGCAGACGAAGAUUCAAGAAAUCCAACAGAUCGCCGUACCCAAGACCAGAAAGGAGCUACGCCGCUUCCUCGGGAUGAUUAAUUACUACAGGGACAUGGUACCGCACAAGACGACAUCAUGCCAGCCACUUAACCGCUUCACCAGCGCUAAAAUCCCUUUGGAAUGGAUACCCAGUGACACGAAAGCGUUUCACGCUGUUCAGAAAGCGUUUGCGCAAGCGGUCCUGCUCGCGUUUUCCGAUUUCGAGCAGCCAUUUCACGUUUAUGCCGACGCCAGAGGUAAGCAGAUCGGCGGCAUCAUAAUGCAAAGAAAUUAG